UGUAAUUAGGACAUCGAAGAAAAUGGCGGCGGAUUUCAAGACUGCACAGCCAUUAGAAUAUUACAGGCAGUUUCUGAAGGAGGAUGUAAGGCCAGAUGGUCGUGCACUCUUAGAGUUUAGAAAAACGAUUCUCAAUGUUGGUUCUAUAUCGACAGCCGAGGGAUCGGCUUUGGUUAAAGUUGGAAACACGACAGUUGUCUGUGGAGUCAAAGCAGAGUUUGCUGUGCCAAGUCAGGAUAAACCAAAACAUGGUUUCAUAGUUCCUAAUGUAGAUUUACCUCCUCUUUGUUCCUCCCGUUUUCGCCCGGGUCCUCCUGGUGAACAAGCACAAGUUUUGAGUCAAUUUCUGGCUGAUGUUAUCUCCAACUGUGAACCAAUCAAUCUGGAGGACUUGUGUAUUGUGGAGGGCAAGUUGUCAUGGGUCCUGUAUGUGGAUAUUAUGUGUCUUAGUUAUGAUGGAAAUAUAACAGAUGCAUGUCUCAUAGCUGCUAUUGCUGCCCUCCUAAACACACACCUUCAUUCAGUGACAAUAGAUGAAGAAACACAAACUCCAUUACCAUCUGAAGAGAGAGAAGUUCUGUUGAACCUCAGGGCACAUCCUGUCUCUGCUACACUUGGUGUAUUUGAUGACACAGUAUUGUUUGCUGAUCCAACAGAUGAAGAGGAAAAUCUAGUGACUGGAAUUGUGACAGUAGUUAUCACAGAUGAUGAUAAAAUUGCAGCAGUUCAUAAACCAGGCGGAUCACCCCUAGUGGAUGAUAAACUACAGGAAUGCUUCAAAGUGGCAGUGAAAAGAGCAAAAGAAGUCAGAGAUCUUGUACAAACAGCUUGUAUAAAUGUUGACAGAUGAUACAACAUCCUAUAGAAUCUUGCUAUUAAAAAAUAUUCUCUACAUACAUAACAAUGACUUCAUUCUUUGAUUCAAACAUUGGUAGAUUUUGACGAAAAAGUCCAAGAUUGUACGUUAGUGUCUAAAGUUGCAUGCUGGUGUCCAAAUUUGGACGGAGGUGUCUGAACUCCAAAAGUGUUUGAAAUUGGACAGUAGUGUCUGAAAGGGGAUGGAAGUGUCUGAAAUCCAACGAAACAGUACAACAUUGUUCAGAACCAUUUAUCUGCGGAUGUUAGUACUCUUUCCAGCAUUUUUGGGUCUAACAAUCAACUAGUUUUCACUGGAAACAGUAUAAGAGAUCGCAAACUUUACUCUUGUUUUCCAGUAAUAAACUCCAUGAUGGGGAAGGAUUCUGACUUUAUUCUACCAAUUGUAGUAUGACUCUAGGACUAAAUAUAAUGCUGUCAUUAAGAAAAGAGGGAUGAGUCAGGUACCAGAGGAUGUGCACUCUUUUGCUCUAUUCCAAUUUAAUAUUGACAUAUACAUCUCAGCCAGGCUACAUCAAUUAUUGAAUCU